CAACUCAAUAUCUAUUCGUUUUACAAGCAGGCAACAUUGUUCUUCUUCUUCUUCUUCUUACAAAGGAACCAACCAACCAACCAAAACAAACUGACUGAGAUUUUAAAUUGGUUUUUGUUUCUAGAAAUGGUGUGUGAAGGAAUAUGGAUAUAAAAGAAAAAGGUGAAAUUCAAAGAAAGAUUGAACGUACAAGAAAUCCCACAAAUUAUAGUUCAUAUAUUUUUCAUGGCACCCUCUGGGACGGACAGACACAUUAAUGAAAAAGUAGUAAUGGGUCAUUGAUCAUGCGGUGCUAAAUAAAAUGUCGUAUCAUGAGGUGUCGCAUCAGUCAACCUACGCAGAACCGAGGAUGAUGGUAAUGUUUCAUCCACAAAUUAAGAGCAGUCUGUCUUUACUUGAGGAUUUGAAUAAUGGUCUCUCUACUCAAGCUUCAUUCCCACCAUCCUUCUUUGUUUCUUUAGUUCCUACAAGAUAAUCCCCACCUUGAUUGUGAAUUUUAGUUCUUGAACUUUGCUAAAAACUUGUACAAGAGUUCAAGAAGUUAAUCAAUUGAUGCAAAUCCUAUUCUUAUACAAAACUAAGAAGCAAGGCUCAAACCAUAUCAAGGCCCUUGGCUUCGAUCCAAACCAAAACCAACCCAAUACUGUAGCGAUGUAGAAGUCUAAAAUCCGAUUAACAAUUUAGGCAACUUUUGGAAUCGGAAAAAAUCUGAUUUGUCCGAUCAUGCGGGAAAGGCGAGUAAUAGAAGGUGUGUAAUCGAACUAGCACCAAAUGGGGGAAAAGAAGAAAUUCUCAAGAAGAAAAGUAGGGAAGGGACUGUUCAUAACUAUAAAUUAGGUGCGCAAAUAGGCUCUCCACAUUUCGAUCACUGGAAGUAGUGGAGAAAUAUAGGAAUCUUAUCCAAGUACAACUGGUUUGUUGGUUUGGCACCUUCACUUUUAGCUUUUCAAAACCAUCCUUUCUAGCCGAAAGCUGGUGGUUCUGGAAAAAGCCGAAAAUGGAAGAGCAGACAGGUGGUACCAAACCGAUCAAGUGCAGGGGCGACCAGAAACGUCAAAAAUAUGGAAGUGAUGGAGCAGGGUUCUCAACCGGCGACCUUCCGAUUGGGAAUUUGGAUGCUCCACCACAUUCUGAGGAUGAAGAUUCCCAUAUCUCCACAAGUGAGGAUUCGGGAAGCUCCGGCGAGGAAAGAAGGUUGUCCGGUUUGGCAGAGAGCUUGCAAAUCUUGACAAAGUCGCUGCUGACGGCGGAAAUGGAGAUUUUCAAGGCGACGGAGUUCAUCCGCCUUGAAGAGGAAAGGAGGAGGCUGGAAUCGGAGGUCGAGAUGACUAGCAUGCUGCUCCAGUGUCAGCUGCAGAUCGCCUCGUUUCUAUCGGCCAUGGUGAGUCCCAACAUCCGGAAGAGGAAGCGAGUUCAGGAAGAAGAUCCGUCCUCUUCAGUCACCUUAGAAAGGAACAGGGCUCUACUACUAAGUAUGCUUCAACUCAACAUGUUCACCUUUUGAAGCGGCUGUCCUUUGAUCUAUACGGGAAUCGUAGGAGUAUUGUGGAUGGGAUAAGUGUAACUGUACCGAUAAAAAAAAAAAAAAAAGAUCGAAUUGUUGAAUAAUUUACCAUUUCUAUCUAAA